ACGCAGAAGACGUGAAUAUGCUCCUUGCAGCGGGAGCACCACCUGAUGGCGAUUUAGAAGAAACAUUGGAUUUUUACAGCUUGAAACCUCCUCUGAUCAUCACAGCCCAAACAGGGAAUGAGGAUCUAGUCACGCGCCUCAUCAAAGCCGGCGCCAACGUCAACCAGUACUUUAGCCAGUAUGGGGAAAAUCUCACGCCGCUGUAUGCGGCUUCGAUGAAGGGCCACCUAGCAAUCAUGCGGCAGCUCCUGGAUGCUGGUGGCGCUGUCGACGGCAAAGCAGGCUACCUUGGGACCCCGUUCCUCGUUGUCGUUAGCGAGGGGCAAGUGGAAGCCAUGGCACUACUUCUAGAUGCGGGCGCGGAUCUGCAAGCGCGGAGCGCAGUGAGUAACUACCCGGCGUCGGUGAUUGCGUUGGAUAAAGGGCAUUCUGAAGUCGUAGACCAUCUUAUCAAUGCCGACGUGAAUAUCAACGAUGUGGCAGAGUACUUCGGAAGCGCGCUACAGACCGCGGCACACAAGGGGUAUCGAGCCGUCACCGAGAAGCUGCUCGACGUUGGCGCGGAUCUGGCGAUGGAGGAUGGAGACUAUGGACUCGCGAUCGUUGCUGCAGCGGCGGAGCGGCAUGUAGAUAUCGUGAAGAUGUUUAUUAACCGCCGCGCGGUGACGAAGGAGCAGGCUAAGAAAGCGACAGACUGGGUACAGUAGAUGAUUAAGUCGGGAGAUGACAGAUCUGACGAGUUUAAUGAGAUACUGGAAAUGCUUAGUAGCGUGGUCGAGUAGGUCAGCUGUUGGCGAACGCCUGCUGUACCCACCACAACCUGUAUCAGGUCCUGAUACACAAUUUGAU